UUUGUUAUAUGAGCAUACUCCCUCUCACUGUGUUUUUUCCUCUUUUCUUUUCCACCUAGUAAUCAUGUCCAGUGGAGAUAAGUCCAAGACUUCUUCCCAGACUGAUGGGAAGGCUGCUCAGGGCAAGAAGUCUGAGAUGGGAAUGAUGUCCUACAAGAUGUACGUGUUCGACCAGGAGAACUUCCAGGGACGCAUGAUUGAGAUCAGCAACGAGUGCAUGAAUGUGUGUGAGCUUGGCAUGGACCGUGUGCGCUCCCUGCGCGUUGAGUGUGGACCCUUCGUGGGCUUCGAGCAGAUGAACUUCUGUGGUGAGAUGUACAUCCUGGAGAAGGGAGAGUAUCCUCGUUGGGACUCCUGGAGCAACUGCCAGAAGAACGACUACCUGCUGUCCUUCAGGCCUGUCAGAAUGGACCCUGAGAAGCACAAGAUCUGCCUGUACGAGGUUGGAGAGUUCAAGGGUCGCAAGAUGGAGAUCAUGGACGAUGACGUCCCCAGCCUGUUCUCCUACGGCUUCACCGAUAGAGUGGGCAGCAUUAUCGUGAGCUGUGGAACCUUUGUUGGAUACCAGUUCCCUGGUUAUCGUGGCAGCCAGUACCUGCUGGAGAAGGGUGACUACAGGCACUUCAACGAGUAUGGUGCUCGCCAUCCUCAGUUCCAGUCCGUGAGGCGUAUCCGUGACAUGCAGUGGCACCAACAGGGCUGCUACACCAUGGCCAGCAAGUGAGGCUCAGGGAAGGAGAGAAAGAGAAAGAGCGGAAGUGAGGGAGAGGGGCGGAGGAAGAGGGAAAGGGGGAGAGACGUCUGAGGCUUUACCUCAGUACUUUUAAUGCUCUAUGAUCUAAGGCAGUGAAGGGAAGGGUGAGAAUCUAGACCUGACCCUGAUUGGAGAAACACCUCAGUGGAAGGACCACCAAGACCACCCUCCAUUUCUCUCUGUCUCUAUUUUUCUCUUUCUCCCCUAUGGGCUGAGUUUUGCUUCCCCCCCCUUUCUCCUUUUUGUUAGUCCCUCACUCCAUUCCUCUCAUAGUGCUCUGACACUCCAGAGAGGGAACACAACACCUGUGGCUGUUUUACAUACUCGAUUCUCGGCUCAGGGUUUGAUGCACCACAAGAAACUGAGUCCCUAGAGCCCCCUGUCUCCCGACUUCUUGCCCCUGUGCUCAGCACAUCCUCUCUGCUGUACAGAAUCCUGGCCAAGUUUUCAAUAAAAAGGAAAAUCUUGAUUUCAAA